UGUUGUAAUGGGUAAAUGUAAUACAAUGCUGACAGAAGGUAUGAUCAAAAAUGUUAAAAGAGUUUGAUUCACAGGUCCCAAAAAUAUGCUAAGGUUUGAUUAUUAUGUAUUUUAUCAAAGUAAAUGUCAAAUAACAACGUGGCACCUGCAGUCAUAUAGUAUGAUGGAAACAACUUCUUGUCACGCCUCCCCUACGACCUACAACUCCCAUUUGCUGACUGCUUCUUCAGAACAGAAAAGAUCUAACCAGAGCACAAGGCAAAGAGAAAAUUACAAUUAAAACCUAACAAUUGCACGAAUGGAUCCCAGCCAGUCUGUCAAUCAGCCUCCAGGAGCCUUCGAUUUAUCUGAUAAAUCAGUAAUGCCUACAGUACCACCACCAAUAUACCAGGACAAUCCUGCUGGAUAUCCUCCUUCCUUUCCAAACCAGCCGGUCCCCCAGGGCCCCUACACCCAGGGGCCAUAUCCAGGACAAACUGUGGUUGCUUCACAGCCUGCAGUUUUUGUGACCCCUUCUCCGAUGACCAAUCUGGUUCCAGAUUACCUGGGUUACUCCAUCUUCACCAUGCUGUGCUGCUGUUUACCUCUAGGCAUUGCUGCAGUGGUUUACUCCUGCUCUACUCGAGAUGCCAACUACUCAGGACAGCGACAAUUGGCAGAAAAGAACUCCAAAAUAGCACGCACCCUGAACCACAUCGGCCUUGGUAUUGGCCUCACUGUCAUUAUAAUAAUAAUUAUCACCCAGGCUUUGAACAGAUAAAAGCUGAUGCAGAAUCCAAACAGAUUUGUUUUUCUGUAUUUGAAAUGUUGCUUGUUCAAUUUACCUUUAUUCUCAUAUGUUUAAGGUGUAUUAUUGUGUGUGAAACAAAGAAAAAAUAAACAUAAAAUUAUCAUCUUUUUUUACAAUACAAUACAAAAUUUUAUAUUAUAGGUACAUGUAUGUACAAAUCUAUCUAGCUGCUUUUGUAAGUUGCGUGUAAGUCAUAUAUGGUGGCUGGUUAAACAGGUAAACCACAUUUUUCUUUCUGCCGCUGCAACACAUUCGAUAAUGUUAAGGCUUUGUGAG